AAAAGUAAUCCGUUCUCGAAGUGUUUCGAAAAAGAUGGUCGCGACAAUUUCUCUUAAUGGGCAAAGAACUGUUACUGCGGAUUGGUAUACCACCAUUUGUUUGCCAAAAGUCAUCACCAAGCUUCGAAAAAUCAACCCCGAAAGAAGAAUCAUCCUCCACCAAGACAAUGCAAGCUUGCACAAGUCCAAAAAACAAGGCAGUAUUUAACGGAAGAAAACGUGGAAUUAUUCCACCAUCCUCCAUAUAGUCCCGAUCUAAGUCCUAACGAUUUCUGUACUUUCCCGAAAAUUGAAAACAGACUGCGUGAGAAUACUUCGAAAAACAAUAAAG